AUGACAGAGAGUGAGAGUGGUGGUGUGGUCAAUGGGCUAGGAAAGACUGUUUCUCAACUUGAAAAGGUUGUGUCAGCAUCACUACGGCCGUUGCCCACCGAAACAGGGGAUGGAUCAUAUGUGAAAGACUCAAGUAACACGGGAAUUGUCAGGGAUCUGGGCCGUAUGGAUCUCGGCGAUGUCAAGACGAUCGUGGAACUCACCAAAAAUGCUGCCACGGGAGAGCCUCUCAAUGAUAAGCAAUAUAUCAUGGAGCGAUUGAUCCAGCUUACCUCUGCACUUCCUUCCACCUCUCGAGUUGGAAAAGAGUUGACAAAUGCCUUCCUCAACCAGCUGUGGAAAGAUCUGGAACACCCCCCGGUUUCUUACCUUGGCCGCGAAUACUCGUAUCGAGAAGCAGAUGGCUCAGGCAAUAACGUUUUGUGGCCUCAUAUCGGCGCUGCCGGCUCUCAUUACGCGAGAUCGGUUCGGCCAAAGACAUUGCAAUCUCCUGCGCUCCCGGAUCCAGAAACACUGUUCGAUUCGCUUUUGGCACGCAAAGAUUUUAAGGAACAUCCAAACAAGAUUUCUAGUAUUCUGUUCUACAUUGCAUCUAUUAUUAUCCAUGACCUAUUUCAAACGGACCGCAACGACAGCACAAUUUCUUUAACAUCUUCAUAUCUCGACCUUUCGCCACUGUAUGGAAAUAACCAAGACGAGCAAAACCUUGUCAGAACCUUCAAGGAUGGAAAGCUCAAGCCGGACUGUUUCUCUACCAAGCGUGUACUGGGGUUUCCUCCGGGUAUUGGCGUAAUCUUGAUCAUGUUUAACCGAUUUCACAACCACGUCGUCGAACAGCUGGCCGCAAUUAACGAAGGCGGCCGGUUCACAAAGCCGGAUGAGUCGAACACCAAAGAAUAUGCAAGAUAUGAUAACGAUCUGUUCCAAACCGGUCGGCUAGUAACCUGCGGCCUCUAUGUCAACAUAAUACUCAAAGACUACGUGCGAACGAUCUUGAAUAUUAAUCGAACUGACAGCCUUUGGAGCUUGGACCCCCGUGCUGAAAUGAAGGAUGGAUUACUUGGCGAAGCAGCAGCUCAGGCUACCGGUAACCAAGUCUCGGCUGAAUUCAACCUUGUGUACAGAUGGCAUUCUUGCAUUUCUCAACGUGACGAGAAGUGGACGGAAGAUUUGUACAAAGAUAUGUUUCCUGGAAGGGAUCCGAACAGUGUCUCCUUGCAGGAGUUUGUACGAGGUCUCGGAAAGUGGGAGGCAAACCUUCCAGAGCAACCCCAGGAUCGUCCGUUUGCAGGCUUACAGCGCAAGCCUGAUGGAUCCUUUGACGAUGACUCUCUCGUCAAAAUCUUUGAGGACAGCGUUGAGGACUGCGUAGGCGCAUUUGGUGCAUCUAACGUUCCAACGAUCUUCAGAAGUAUUGAAGCGUUGGGGAUUAAACAAGCUCGCUCCUGGAAUUUGGCUACCUUGAACGAAUUCCGGAACUACUUUAACCUGACCCCCUACAAAACUUUUAAGGAGAUCAAUCCUGACCCUUACAUAUCUGAGCAGCUCAAGCGACUAUAUGAUCACCCAGACAAUGUGGAGAUCUACCCUGGUGUUAUCGUCGAGGAUACAAAGGAAGCCGUGGUCCCUGGAAGUGGCUUGUGUACCAAUUUCACAAUUUCAAGGGCCAUUCUCUCCGACGCAGUUGCCUUGGUCCGAGGCGAUCGCUUCUACACAGUCGAUUUCACUCCAAGGCAUCUUACAAACUGGGCCUUUAGCGAGAUUGAACCUAAGGACUCAGUCGAUCAAGGCCAUGUAUUCUAUAAGCUUGUGUUGCGAGCAUUUCCGAACCAUUUCAAGGGAAACUCGAUCUACGCACAUCUCCCUCUGGUUAUUCCAUCUGAAAACAAGAAGAUACUGACAAAACUUGGGUUUGCUGAGAAGUAUAACUGGGACAAGCCUGGCUACACUCCCCCACCCCAGUUCAUUCACUCUCAUUCGGCUUGCAUGUCAAUAUUGUCUGAUCCAGAGGCAUUCAAGGUCACAUGGGGCUCAAAGAUCGAAUUCUUGAUGCACCGUGGAAAACAGCCUUUUGGCAGGGACUUUAUGUUGUCUGGGGAUAGGCCUCCAAAUGCCGCAUCGCGCAAGAUGAUGGGAGCUGCUUUGUACCGAAAGAGAUGGGAGAAUGAAAUCAAAUCAUUCUAUGAGGACAUAACUCUGAAGCUUCUGCACAGAAAUUCUUACAAGAUUGCUGGGAUCAAUCAAGUUGACAUUGUACGAGACGUUGCAAAUCCUGCUCAGGUUCAUUUCUGCGCAAAUGUUUUUUCAUUGCCUUUGAAGACUGAAUCUAACCCCCGGGGAGUCUUCACGGAAACCGAACUCUACCAGAUCAUGGCUGUUGUUUUCACCUCAAUUUUCUACGAUGCGGAUCCUGCGAACUCAUUUGAACUUAACCAAGCUGCCCGGGAAGUGACGCAGCAGCUCGGGCAGUUGGCAAUGGCCAAUGUCGAGCUUGUUAACAACACUGGGUUCAUUGCGAACUUGGUGAGUAGUUUACACCGACAUGACGUGCUCAGUGAAUACGGUGUCCACAUGAUCCAACGCCUCCUUGCCAGCGGCCUGCCAGCGGAUGAGAUUGUAUGGACUCAUAUUCUGCCAACUGCUGGGGGCAUGGUGGCAAACCAAGCGCAGCUUUUUUCACAAUGUCUUGACUAUUACCUUUCGGAAGAAGGGUCAGUCCAUUUGCCUGAUAUUAAACGGCUGGCAAAGGUUGACACACCGGAAACCGACGAAUUGCUGUUAAGAUACUUCAUGGAAGGCGCCCGCUUACGGUCGUCCGUGGGACUGCCUCGGAUGGUGGUCAAGCCCACUGUCGUUGAAGACAACGGUAAGAAGCUAAAUUUCAAGGCAGGGCAACACAUCCUCUGCAACCUGGUUUCCGCUUCCAUGGACCCGGCAAGUUUUCCAGAGCCUGAAAAGGUCAGACUUGAUCGCGAUAUGGAUCUCUACGCUCAUUUUGGUUUUGGUUCACAUCAGUGCUUAGGUAUUGGGCUUUGUAAGUUAGCGCUUACCACCAUGCUCAAGGUCAUCGGACGCUUGGAUAAUCUGCGCCGUGCCCCAGGGCCUCAGGGGCAGCUGAAAAGGCUGUCUGGGCCUGGUGGAAUUGCAAAGUAUAUGACUCCAGACCAAAGCGGAUUUUCUCCCUUCCCAACUAGCAUGAAGAUUCAGUGGGAUGAUCUUGCUACUGCCAAUGAAAAAUAUGGUCUAAAUAAUGGCCCUCAAACCAAGCCAUUCAGCAGACAUGUCCUGGCGGACUCCUAUGCAAGUGAUGACAGCAAAUCAAACUCGGAGGAUAUCGACGCUAAGUUGACCGCUCUUGGCUAUGGUGUAGAGGGUGACAGAGAGCUCUUGGAAGCAAUUCUCGACUUUUCCAGGUUACUGUUGGAUAAGUGCGGUAAUCGCAGCUUGUAUAGCAGCAGUGAACGGCUAGGGGAACUUCUGAAUACCACGUCACUUUGUCUUCUCCAGUCUACCCUUCGUUUGUCACUCUCUUUGGCUCAAAGAUAUCAUUCUCGCCAGCGGGGUAGUACCCACCUCCAACAGAGCCUCCUGGCAGCCCACUUUAACAUUGAUUUGGAAAAACUGCAAAAGAUUGCUGCGCCUUUCCCGCGCCCUUCCGUAUUGAACAAGACACCUGUAUCUCCUCCUGUUGGCGUUAAGGGCAAGGAGAAAGGUUCCCAAAUCAAGCACGAUGCCAACGACCUGGCUACCCUUGUGCGCGAAAGUGAUGGCUGGGAAGAGUGGGGUCAUGUGCAUCUGCUUUAUUAUCCUUCUGGCACUUCAGACCAGGCCAAGCCACCAUCGGAGGUUGUACAUGGUGGGCUACCGACGCAGACUCCUACCACGCCAACACCUCUGCGUAGAAGUCAUACCCACCCCACGCCUCGUUUGAGCCGCACCUCGAUCAUGGAGGAUUCUCCUGGCUCUGCUGUGAAUACUCCCUCAGGAAAACUGGAAGAAGCGACAAGGGGCGGAAAGGUCCUUGAUAUUCCAUACUCAAGCAUCUCUUCGUCGACACCCGAUAGUCUUGUUGCAUCGCACGUGGAAGAGUUGCCUGACGACUCCAAAUAUGAGCUGCUCCACAGAAUUCGGAUUGCCCAGGGACUGGCAACAUCUCCUUCUAGCCGCGAACAGAUUCUUGCCAUCAGGUUGCUUGCUAUCACCAACUUGGCUUACGUAUAUCCUGAGUCGCUAUUUCAACAGAAGAUCCUCCAGUACGAUAUGGAACAGCCGAAACGUUUGCAGCUGGCUUAUCAACUGGGCGAGCUGGUUCAUCUGGGCGCAAGUGGUGAUCUUCCAGUCUCUCGAAGUGUACAAACAUUGGUACUCCAGACUCUUGACUCUUUGGCCAAACACAAAUCACGAGCAAUCGACGUCUGUGCUGCAUUAAGUGUUAAUGUAAACCAUGGUGUUCUCAUGUUCCUGACCCGGAAGGCUGUCAAUGAAUUAGGCUCAGAAGACAGUAGGACGGAUGAUGGCAGUGAGGAUGAGUGGCGGGAUGCGUUACUUGCUCUUUUGCGAACGCUUCCUGGCUCAAGCACGAGGACACCCGAGACCCUUGUUUCUGCUGGCUUAAUUCCCAUGUUCGUUGAUGUUUUGAACCUCCGAACUGAGAAGGCUCGUCGUGUUUAUUCUCGAAUUAUGGAAUUCCUCGAUACCUUUGUCCAUGCAGUUCGUGAUGCGCUUGGGACUCUCACAGCAGCCAAGGGGUUUGACGCAAUUUCGGAUUUGAUCGAUUUUGAAACCAAAACUUCCUUCGAGAAUGUAUCCCGCGGCGCAGGAAUUCCUUCUCAUCACAAGACCCCGUCAAUUGAUUACCAGAUCCCGUAUUUUCAGCAGCAGACACUCAGGUGGAUGUUCCGGUUUGUCAAUCAUAUUAUGCAGCAUAACGGCGGUGGUUUUGAUCGUGUUCUUCGGAAUUUGAUUGACUCACCUCAACUGCUGACGUCCCUUCGUUUGGUCUUUGAAAACGCCCGUGUCUUUGGGUCUCAUGUCUGGAGCAACGCAGUCAAUAUUCUUAGUAGUUUCAUUCACAACGAGCCCACUAGUUAUGCAGUCAUUGCUGAGGCUGGUUUGAGCAAGAGCUUUCUACAAGCUGUCACGCACAGUGAGAUAAAAGCACAAGAGAAGUUGCCUGUUGAUACGGAGGGUGCUGAAGUUGAAGGGGAAUCAUCCGCUAGACUGUCCGAGGUCGACACUAGCCAGUCGGGCAGUGUGCCUCAGAAGACCCGUGAGUAUGAGCUGGCAAGGUCGAAGGAUGCAAAGUUAGCCUUAGGUAUCAUGCCCGCAGCGGAAGCUUUAUCAUGCAUUCCAUCGGCUUUUGGAGCAAUCUGUCUUAACUCAUCUGGACUUGAACUCUUUCAGUCAUCCCAUGCUCUGGAAAGCUUUUUCGAGAUCUUCGAAAAUCCCGAGCAUGUGAAAUGCCUGAAAGAUGAUCCCAAUCUCGUACGUUCGCUAGGAACCACGUUUGAUGAGUUAGUACGGCAUCAUCCUGCGCUGAAGUCAACAAUCAUGGCUGCCGUCAUUGUGAUGGUCGCACGAGUUGGCUUUCUAUGCAGGAGUAAGGCUUGGUCGGAUGGCAUGGGAUCCAAGCUGUGGACAGAUAACACCCUGGGAAAGCCAGUGCUUUCUGGACCAGCAUAUCAUCUGUUUCGAAAGAUUGGUGGCACGAGAGUCGCUGGGGACAUUGCACCGUCGGAUCUUGGUAUUCGGGAGAUCAAAUCUGGGGCACUACCAGACGGUGGCAUCAUGAAAACCGGCGAUUUAAGCCUUGUUCUCCCUGCCUCUAAUACCGACAUCGAACCGAAGGACGUAGACUCUACAGGUCUCACUGUUACGGACUACCUUUACCCCGUAUUGCGAUUCUUAGGUGCUUUCUUUGAAAACCAAUCGAAUUGCACCUACUUUAUCGAAUGUGGUGGCGUGGAGUUCGUUUUGGAUAUUGCAACUCUGCAAAGUCUCCCAUUUGAUUUCCAUAACACUGAUGCUAACCAGGAGCUCACUGUUUUGGUGCAUAUGUUGGCGGAAACGAAGCCUCACCUUGUCUUGCCCGGGCUUGUUGAUCGCGCAGAGCAGAUUGUGGAACAACUAUCUGAGUUCUGGCGUCUGUCGGGACCCCGGGAAUCAGGUUUCUUCACCCCUCUGAUCAAGCCACCUCUUGAGAAAGAGCCCAAGGAACAAGACGACAAAUCCUGGGAACUCGCAAGAGAUAAUGGGACAUACUUUGCUAAGAAUAUGGUGGCUGCACUUAUCUUAACGGAUCUUCUUCGCGAAGUUUACUCCAUGCCAUUAUAUCAGACCCGACCCAGCCAGCAGACUUCUGCAUUUGCACAAGUCAAUCUAGCCGAUCGUUAUUGUUCUCUUAUUGGACGACUCGGAGGUUUGCAUGCGGCUUGUGUGUGGGAGGAAAUUCUUCUAGAGAAGAAUAUACCUGACACCUGGGACCAGGCAACGAAAGUGCAACUAACUGGCCUGGGUUCAGAAAAACCUAAUGAAUCUUCGGGAGCCGUGAAUGCAGAAACAAGCUCAGCUGUGCCUGCGCCUCUUCGCGAAGGUUCGACUACGAGUGAGCCUGUUCAACCAGGUGUCGCUCAGGAGCCCAGAGGAGAUACCUCUAACCCCCCCGAAAAUAGUGUAGCUUUUAAGAAUGUCCAAGCGCUUCGCUACCUUCUUAGCUCCUUGCCUUCCUCAAUAACGGGCUUCUUCCACAAUCUGGGCCUCGGUCUUAUUGGGAAGCGGCGGAUAGAUCUCUACCAGAAGCAGAAUGCAACUUCGGUGGCUGAGGCCAUUGCGGGCGCUGUGCUCGAGCAACUCCAAUUCGCGCCCCCGAACACUAGUGGUAACCACAAGCUCCGAUUUGCUUACCUCAUUGUUAUCCUUUCCUCAUUCUCGCAUUUGCUUUACGAAGCUACUGCAGAUCGCCCGCAUUCUCAUUACCUCACUCUCGUCCUCUUUGCGUUCAAACGCAUUCAUGGUUUGAAAGCUAUGAAAGAUAUCUGCGACGUCUUUGUGCGUGAGGUCAAGACUCUCACACCUCCCGAGUCGGUGCCUGACUCUGAGAAGGACGUGUCAGCUCGACUUACUUCUGCUUAUGGAGGUAUUAAGAUUAUACUUAGCUUUUUCUCUGAGCUCGCCUCGGGCAAGAAUAUUGUCGAGUCUAGCCAAACGCAAGCCAUGACGGGCAGUGACCGGGAGCGGGACCGUCCCGACUACUUCCAACCAGGCCAAUUCCUGGUUGACCUUCGGAUGGAGAUAUUGCCGAUGGCUCGGGACUUGUGGAAUUCCGAUUUUGCUACCCAGUCUUCAAGUUCCGUUAUCAAGUGCUUGGUGGAUAUUUUGCGCUCAUCGCUAGACGGCGAAUAUGAAACUGGGGCCGCCCAGCGCUCUAAUCUACCACCCGCAUUGACUGAGGUGUCUAGGAGAAAACUAGUUAUCAACAGGGAUCGUGUUGCCGCUUUGCAGGCAAAAGAUUUCGAUCUAGAAGUUGUAAAGGAGGCCCUGUACCGCUGCAACAACCAGUAUGCCCCAGCCGAAGAAUACUGCAAGGCACAAGACUGGUUACUACCUGCUCCGAGAAUACCACCACCUCCCAACGACAUUGAGUCUGUUCGAACAUCAGAUGGUGAAACUUCCGAAGAGCCGGCCGGUGGAGACGCCUCGUCUUUCGACAGUCGGUUCCUCGACCGUUCGACACUUGCAAUGCUUAUAGCGCAAGCUUCUGGCCGAUCGGAUGACAUUCCUCGCCAAGAACAAGGCCAGGGUGGCCCAGUCGAAACCGAAGUCAGACAUGGCUCUGAAUUCCUAGCUCGAGCGUUGAGUCAUAUUCUUAAUGAUGACCAUAGCGCAGUCGACAGUGACCGAGAGGACACCCACCCAUCCUCUGAGCAGCGAACGGAACAAUCGACAAGACGACGCGAAGUUACCACGGUCGAAGAUUUAGACAGGGAGCGCGAGAAGGUCCGGGCGAAUUUGAUUGAGCGCUGCCUAGAUGUCCUAAAUGAGCACCAUGACGUGUCCUUCGAAUUGGCUGACCUGAUCGCUUCUGCGACGAAGAAGCACCGUGACCCUGAAAGCUUCCGGAAGGAGGUUGGAGAGAUCCUUGUUCAAUCUCUUGUUUCAUUGCAAAUGGAGAACUUCCAAGCAGCUGGAAAGAAGGUGGCUGCUUAUGCCCAUCUCCUCGCGCUAGUAGUCCAAGACAGAGACAUGUAUAACGCUACACUGGAGGAACUGAAAGAGUGUUUCACUACAUUCCUCGGGUUUAUCUCUGUGCCUUCCGAGAAGUCUUCGGAUGAGUCCUUCCCAUGGAUCGGGCAUGUUCUACUGGUCCUGGAGAAAUUGCUCUCUGACGACGCCCAACCUCCUCAGAUUCGAUGGAACAUGCCUGAUAAUGAUAACCCAGGUGUGGAAGAUGAUGCUCCCGCUCAGUUAGACGAGCCUCUUAUUUCCAAUGAACAGAAGACGCAGCUUUUUGAGGCUCUUGUCGAAAUUCUUCCUAGAGUUGGAAAGGAUGACACCUUGGCACUCUCUGUUUGUCGGGUUCUUGUUAUACUUACUCGGAAUCGCAGCAUUGCAACCCGCCUAGGCGAAAAGCGCAGCUUGCAGCGCCUUUUUGUCAUGAUGAAGCAGCUUUCAAGCACCACAAAUGAAAAGCUCCAGGGUGCAUUCAUGUUGAUUUUGAGACACAUUGUGGAAGACGAGGACACCAUUAGACAGAUAAUGAGAAGUGAGAUUGUCGCGAAUUUUGAAUCGAAAUCUUCUCGCCAGAUCGACACGACCGGUUAUGUGCGGCAGAUGUAUCACCUCGUCCUUAGGUCACCGGAACUGUUCGUGGAAGUCUCCAACGAAAAACUGAAGCUGCAGCGAUACGAUAGCCGGCAACGCCCACAGGUUCUCACCUUGAAGUCUGACAAGAAUACUGGCUCCUCAGACAAAGAAGCGGCCCAGGACAUUACAGAAAACACGAUGGAUGGUAGCCAGACUUCAGCCGAUGCUCAGCCAGAGGAUAAAGACAAAGGCAAAGGGCCAGAGUUGAGGCCGCCUGUUGUAGAGAAUCCUGAUGGCGUCAUCCACUACCUGCUUUCGGAGCUUCUAUCCUACAAGGAUGUAGACGACAAGGAGCCUUCGACAGAGGCUACGGAAGCAUCUGCGCCUGAACAAUCAGAAGCCCAAACUGAUGUGGAAAUGGCGACUGAUGAACCUUCACCCUCUGUUUCUACCACUGACUUGCAUGCUACACGUAAUACUAAGAAAGCAGAGAAACCGUCCUUCAAAGCAGAUGACCACCCGAUCUAUAUAUACCGCUGCUUCCUCCUUCAAUGCUUGACUGAGCUUCUUUCGUCGUAUAACCGCACGAAGGUGGAGUUUAUCAACUUCUCUCGCAAAGCAGAUCCGCUUGCAACUACUCCUUCCAAGCCUCGAGCGGGUAUUUUGAAUUACCUACUGAAUGCUCUUGUCCCAAUUGGUACCAUGGAGCAUGAUGAGUCUGUUGCGUUCAAGAAGCGCGCCAACACAUCGGCUUGGACGAUGCGUGUGCUUGUAGCGUUGUGCACGAAGACCGGUGAGUUUGGCGGGACUGGCAGACGCCGAAGCGAGCAAAACUCGAAUGAAGAAGAUGAGCCCGAGCUUGCCUUUGUGCGGAGGUUCGUUCUAGAGCAUGCACUGCGAGCAUACAAAGAGGCAAAUGCGUCAAACGAGCCUUUGGAUGCCAAGUAUUCUAGAUUGAUGUCACUGGCCGAUUUAUUUGACAAAAUGCUUAGUGGUUAUGCUUUCGUUUCCGGAGAUACUGCAUUCCCAUCCUCGACUAGGCAGCUUGCAAAAACGAUGUUUGAAAAGAAUUUCAUCGCCGCUCUUACAUCCUCGGUCGCUGAGAUCGAUCUGAAUUUCCCUGCAUCUAAACGGGUCAUCAAGUACAUACUGCGUCCCCUUAACAAACUUACGCAAACGGCAGUGAUCUUGAGUGAGACGUCCGACAUCUCUACUCUCGGAGAAACAGAGGAAGAUGAAAUAUCCUCUGCCACCUCAGUUUCUGACCUGGAAGAUGACCGUGAAGAGACCCCUGACCUUUUCCGCCAUUCCACCCUGGGUAUGUUAGAGCCUCGCCAUGAAGAAGAAACUAGCUCCGAAGAAUCGGAUGAAGAAGAUGAUGGGAUGUAUGACGAUGAAUACGAAGACGAAAUGGAUUAUGAAGAAGACUUGCCCGAAGAUGAUGGCGAAGUCGUAAGCGACGAAGAAGACGAGAUUGAAGGUGUUGGUCCCAUUGAGGGCCUUCCUGGCGAUUCCGGCAUGGACAUUGAGGUUGUCAUUGAUGAUGAUGACGAUGAUGAUGACGAGGAUGAUGACGAAGAUGAAGAUGACUCCGAUAUGGAGGACGACGAGAUCCUCGCCGGAGAGAUAACAGGGGACCAAGACAACGAGAGUUUAGAGGAAGGUGAUGAUGAUGAAUGGGAGAGCGAAGAGAUGUCCGAAGAUGAUGAGGAGGCUGAAAUCAUGAAUCAGUUCGAGGACGAACUGGCUGGAAUUAGACAAGCGGAUCAGCGUGAUGAAGGACAAAGAUUUGAUGAUUUGUUCCGGGUACUCAAUGAAGCUGCCGGAGGUGUUGAGGAUCUUCAGGCUCCUGACAGUCUUGAUGACAUUGUUGAUGAUGACUUGAAUGAUGAUGAUGAAGAUGAGGAAAUCGAUGAGCUUGAGGAGGAACUUGAAGAUGCCGACGAAGAUCAAGGAUCUUAUCAAGGCUUUGACGAUGAUGAAGACCUCAUUGAACCAUGGGGCUGGGAUGGCGAUGAGCCUCCACUACCCCGUGGACAUCAUCAUCACCGCUACCGUGGUCAGCCAGGAUGGGCUGCGGUUACAGGCAUAAUGCCCAGUAGCGGCCGGCAUGGAAUCGUUCCUAUUCAACCCUACCGAUUCCACCGAACUCAGAUCCCUGCCCGUGGUAAUGACGAUGGGACAAACCCUCUUCUUGUCCGGACAGACCGUGGCCCCGAGGCUGGCCAAUCUCGUGGACCUGGCAAUGAAGCUUUUACCGAUUGGGUUCAUGGCAUGGAACCCGUUUCCACUGGACGCCUGCUCCCUAUGGACAGCCCUGUGAGCUUCAUGAACGCGAUUAUGCAGGCCAUUGGAGGCCAAGGUACUCCAGGCUUUGGCGUUAUCACACGCCCAGACGGAAUUCAUGUUCAUGUUGACAGACGAGCUAUUCUGCCCAACCGUAUUCAAGAUAUUUUUGGGCUUGGUAGGCCGCAAGCACCCCCAUCUCGCACUCGGGAUGAUCCGUCUCAAGCUGUGAGCUUUGCGUUAGCAACGACUAGAAGUCGCUGGCAGGAAGAGGCCCGUAUAUUGUUUAGCAGCACAUACGUUGAAAAGACGCAGCGUGUUGUCAACUCGUUGCUGAAGAUACUGGUUCCUCCUGCUAUUGAAGAAGAGAAGGAGCGAGAGAAGAAGAUGGCAGAGGAGCUUAAGCGACGAGAGGAAGAAUUAGCUGAAAGGGAACGUCAGGAACGUAUUGCUCAGGAAGAAGAAGAAAAAGAGCAGAAGCGGAAAGAAGAGGAAGAAAAUGCUAGGCGACAGCAAGAAAGGGAGCAUGAAGAAACUGAAAGGCAAGCCUCGGGUGUUAUUUCUGAGCCCAUGGACGAUGUGCAGCCGACAGAUACCCAAGCUGAAGCUGCAACACUAUCAGCCCAAGCAGAAACGGGGCCGUCUGAACCUCAACCUCGGGUGCAUACUACUAUUAGAGGUCGCGAACUUGACAUUACUGGAAUGGAAAUCGACCCUGAGUACCUUGAGGCCCUGCCCGAGGAGCUUAGAGAAGAAGUAAUCAUGCAACAACUUGCAGAGCAACGCUCCCAGGCUGCUGCAGCUGGCGAAGAGCCCAGUGAGAUUAACCCGGAGUUCCUGGAAGCCUUGCCCCCAGAGAUUCGGGAAGAGCUAUUACAGCAGGAAGCUGCCGACCGUCGCCGUCGGGAGCGAGAAAGUGCACGCAGACAAACAACCACUAGUGGCGCUCCUCCACGCGCCGAAGACAUGGAUGCCGCUAGUUUCCUUGCCACCCUGGACCCUUCAUUGCGACAAGCCGUACUUGCUGACCAACCUGAGGAGAUACUAGCAACGCUGGGGCCAGAAUUUGUCACCGAAGCACGAGCUCUCCCUGGAAGGCGCUUGACCCAGUUUGGUGACAUUGCUAGAGUUGAUCAUCGGCAAAGAAAUGAGCCAACCGACGAACAAGAGCCGAAGAAGCAACAGCGGCGUCAGAUCGUCCAAAUGCUUGACAAAGCCGGUGUUGCUACGUUGCUCCGCCUUAUGUUUAUGCCACUUCAGGGCAAUGCACGCCAUCAGUUGAAUGACAUUCUGCAUAACGUUUGUGAAAACCGCCAGAAUCGAGUUGAAGUGAUAAGUCUUCUGCUUUCUGUCUUGCAGGACGGAAGCUCAGAUGUUUCUGCAAUCGAGCGCAGUUUUGCUCAACUUUCGCUCCGGGCCAAACCUUCCGCGAUCCAGAAGACCCCGCAGUCUGUCAAGCGCAAUCUGGCCUUCCAAACCUCUUCAAGUGUUAGCAAUGAAGUGACCCCAGUAAUGGUGGUGCAACAAUGUCUCGGGACUCUUUCGUUCCUGUCUCAGUACAACCCUCAUAUCUCCUGGUUUUUCUUGACUGAGCAUGAUCCUUCAUCUACAUUGAAGUUGAAGGCCUUCCGCAAAGGUAAGGGUAAGGAAAACAAGGCCAAUAAGUUCGCGCUUAAUGCGCUCCUUACUCUCCUUGAUCGAAAAUUGAUAAUGGAAAGCCCGAAUUGCAUGGAGCAGCUUUCUAGCCUCCUCAGCAGCAUCACACAGCCACUCACCCUGCUACUUCGUCGUGAGAAGGAGAAGCAAGAUGAAGAAGACAAGGGCAAAAAGCCUGAGACAGCACAGGAUGAUAGGCCGGCUGAGGAGCAGCAACAGGAACUACAGGAGCAACCGUCCGAUGCUGCAGAACCUACAUCUGCUACAGAUACAACGAUGACAGAUGCUCCUCUGCCCAGUGUAGAGAACGCCGAAGCACAAAGCACAACGGCGCAGCCCGAGGAGGGCAUAUCAGCAGAAACCUCUAAAUCAGAGACAGGAAAGGGCUCGAGCGAAGAGGAGAAACAUAAAAAGAAGUCUAUAGAACCUCCUGUUGUUCCAGACCACAAUCUGCAGCUUGUUGUCCACAUACUUGCCGCUCGCGAGUGCAACGGGAAAACCUUUAGGGAAACGCUCUCGACAAUUAACAAUCUUUCAGCCAUCCCUAAAGCCAGGGAUGUAAUUGGUAAUGAAUUAGUCCAUCAGGCGCAGGACUUGAGCACUACUAUCUUAACGGACCUGGAUGAAUUAUUGUCUCAUAUUAAUCAAGCCCGGACUGGCACCGACAUGCAGGGCCUUGCUCUGGCUAAAUUCUCGCCAGCUAGCUCUGACCAAGCGAAAUUGUUACGUGUGUUGACGGCACUUGACUACUUGUUUGAUCCCAGCCGAUCGGAGAAGGCCAAGGGAGGUGAUUCCGAGCAGGCAGCUAAGGAAGACGUCCUACAGACCUUGUACGAAAGUUCUACAUUCGGUCCUCUGUGGACAAGACUGAGUGAAUGCUUGACACUUAUACGGCAGAAGGAGAAUAUGCUGAAUGUCGCAACAAUCCUCUUGCCCCUGAUCGAAGCAUUGAUGGUCGUCUGCAAGAACACCUCGCUGAAAGAGACUUCUCUUUCUCGGAACACUCGAGAGCUGUCUGUCGGCGCUGGUUUGAAUAUGGAGGGUCUCUUCUUCAAGUUCACAGAGGAACAUCGCAAGAUACUAAACGAACUUGUUCGUCAAAACCCAAGGUUGAUGAGCGGCACUUUCUCCUUACUUGUCAAGAAUCCGAAGGUCUUGGAGUUCGAUAACAAGCGCAAUUACUUCACCCGUCGUAUCCAUUCCCGUGGUGCAGAGCCUCGUCAUCCUCACCCUCCCCUUCAACUCUCUGUCAGGAGAGAUCAAGUGUUCCUUGACUCGUUCAAAUCCCUAUACUUCAAGACGGCAGAUGAGCUGAAGUACGGCAAAUUGAAUGUGCGCUUCCACGGUGAAGAGGGUGUUGACGCGGGAGGCGUGACCAGAGAAUGGUUCCAAGUUCUCGCACGCGGCAUGUUCAACCCGAACUAUGCCUUGUUUAUUCCUGUUGCUGCCGACCGGACCACCUUCCACCCUAAUCGCCUAAGCGGUGUCAACUCGGAGCAUCUUAUGUUCUUUAAGUUCAUUGGACGAAUCAUUGGCAAGGCUCUGUACGAAGGCCGGGUGCUCGAUUGCCACUUCAGCCGCGCUGUCUACAAGUGUAUUCUUGGACGUUCGGUAUCUAUCAAGGAUAUGGAGACACUUGAUCUCGACUACUACAAAUCUCUCCUCUGGAUGCUCGAGAACGAUAUCACUGACAUUAUCACCGAAACUUUCGCCGUGGAGACUGAUGACUUUGGUGAGAAGCAAGUGAUUGAUCUUAUAGAAAAUGGAAGCAACAUUCCGGUCACUCAAGAAAACAAGGAGGAGUACGUGCAGCGUGUCGUGGAUUAUCGUCUCGUGCGAUCGGUCAAGGAGCAGCUCGACAAUUUCCUCAAAGGGUUCCAUGAGAUCAUCCCAGCAGAUCUGAUCUCGAUUUUCAACGAGCAAGAACUUGAGUUGUUGAUUUCCGGUCUUCCCGAGAUUGAUGUGGACGACUGGAAGGCCAAUACCGAGUAUCAUAACUAUUCGGCCUCGUCGCCUCAAAUCCAAUGGUUCUGGCGUGCCGUUCGCUCAUUUGACAAAGAAGAGCGGGCUAAGCUGCUGCAAUUUGUCACCGGAACAAGUAAGGUGCCACUCAAUGGUUUCAAGGAGCUUGAAGGUAUGAAUGGAGUUAGUCGAUUCAACAUUCAUCGCGAUUAUGGCAAUAAGGAUCGCCUCCCAAGCGCGCACACAUGUUUCAACCAGCUUGAUCUCCCGGAAUACGAAAGUUAUGAGACUCUGAGACAACGGCUGUAUACUGCCAUGACAGCUGGUAGCGAAUACUUCGGGUUCGCAUAG